CCAAAGUCCACUCACUUUCCCUGUCCUCUGACUCUUCUGAAGAAUCCUUCUGCACUGUCCGUCCAGACCAGAGGACACCAUCUAUGGGUCGUCACAGUCAUCGUGCUCCCUCAGUGGCAGAGUCCAUGGCAGAGUAUUUUGAUGCCAGUGAGGUGAUCAUAUGUGAGACCUCAUCAGAAGCUGAAGCUUCAGAUGAGUCCGGCCUGAGUGAUGUCACAACCACCAGCAACUCAGAGCCUGAAGAAGGACAUUCAUCUACUACUCUGAGUUACAGAGCAAGUCUGAAGAGUUCGACUGACAAACCCAACCUGGUACCCAAAGAUACAGGUCGUCGCACGGCUCUUCCCGCCCCGGGAGCAGACAACAGCCAUAUUGGAAUCAUGACUAUAUUGUACAACAACAUUGGAAAAGACCUGUCCAGAGUCUCGAUGCCCGUUGCUCUCAAUGAGCCGCUGUCUUUGCUUCAGAGACUCAGUGAAGAGCUGGAGUACCCUGAGCUGCUGGACAUCGCCAGUAACACAGACGAUCCAUUUGAAAGAAUGGUUUACGUGGCAGCCUUCUCCAUUUCUGGUUAUGCCUGGGCAUCCUGGAGAUAUCGAUACAAACCCUUCAACCCUAUUUUAGGAGAAACUUAUGAAAACCAUAGAGAAGAUCGAGGAUUUCAUUACAUCAGUGAACAGGUCUGCCAUCAUCCACCCAUCUCUGCAUGCCACGCAGAGUCUGAAAACUUCACUUUCUGGCAAGACCAGAGAUGGAAGAACAAGUUCUGGGGAAAAUCUGUGGAGAUCAUCUCAUCAGGACUGGUGAAUGUAACACUUCCCCGGUGA